UUUGCCCUUCGUGAUUCAAAUUCAAUUUUGAUUGUGACUGUGUUUGAAGAUUCGAUUGGGGGGCCAAGAAGGCGCGAAGAUACGCAUGCAGCCUGCAGCCAGUCAUGAUCAGAGCGGAGGAACGAGCAAGUCACCACGAGUAAGACGGCAGCGGCUGGCGAAGAAAGUCGCAUACAUACAACACACACAAACAGCCUUCGCCGGCGAACAACUUUGCUCUUAAACAUCAACCCUACAGCUAGUUCGACACGUGGCACGCUCGCUCGCACGCCAUGCCUCCCCGCCAAACAUCCCGCUUCGCCUCUCCGGGCUUGUUCGAUGCGUUGAGAAAUGAGGAGUCGGACAACGAAGAGGUGGCCAGCUCGUCCGACGAGGAACAAGCAUCGCGAGAUCGAGACGGUUCGCGUGCCAGUCAGGCAAGAUCCGUCACUGCCAGCCCUCCAGUGACGAGAGGAGCAGCUAGAAAGGCUGCAAAGGCCAGCGCUGCCAGCAGCUCCCCAAGCCCUUCACCUGCCCCUCCCGCCUCUUCCACGCCCCCUGUCUCAAGCUCCAAGAAGGGUUCGAGGGGCAAAAAGUCCGCUGGAAGCGCUACUCCUGCUGCCAGCGCAAACGCCACUGCGGCUGCAGCUGAAGAGUCAGCAGAUCUCAAAGAUGUCGCUGCAGCUGUGCCCGCCACGAUCUCACAAGCAGUGAAUAGCGCUGCUGGCAAGCACGACGACUCCAACGUCGUGGUCGAGAUCGAGUCGACUCACGCGGCUGGCACCAACGGCGACGCGGCUCAUCCCCUCAAAGGAACCACAUUGCUUUCAGGGACGACACUGACACCAGAGAGACCAUCCCCAGGUCCUGCGGCCGCAUCUGCCGCUCUCGCCUCGCAAAACGACUCACCCAUCAAAUCAUCCGCAAACGACGUUGGUAGCUUGCCCAAAGCAACCUUGAUCCCAAAAUCUUCCACGAAGACCUCGAAUGAGAAAGCCGUCACUCUACCUGACAAGAACUCAGAGGUUGACAAAGAGAAAGAGGCAGAGGAGAGAAAGGCUUACUGGAAGAAGGUGUAUGAGCGGACCUUCUUUACAUUCAUCAUGAUUGGCGGCUUCUUGAAUCAAGAGCGCUCGCGUGCGAUGCGACUUGCACGCGAGGCUAUCCAUGUACCGGCCCAGAAUGCCAGAAGCCUCAACACGCCCGCUGACCGCUUAUUUCUUGCGUACCCCACACUAUCAGCUCUCCUUUGCGUUGGCCAUGUUUACGUCAUCCUUCUGGUCCUGGUCAUUCAAGUCCUCGUCUAUGGGGAGGUGACAGCUCUGUUCAACAUGCCAGGUCGACCUAGCAUGACUGGAGGACCGCCCAAAAAGGGACCAUAUAAACCGAACAGCCAGGCGCCUAGCAGAGAAGGAUCUGCCGCACCGAGCGAUACCGAGGAUGAAGUCGAGAACACGAGAAGAGAGGAUGCAUGGAGCCACUCACUCAGCUGGUACUUCUUUGCAGUCUCCAACUACUUCUUGUACGGAGAAUCGCUGAUCUACUACUUCAAGCACAUCGUCUUCGUCGACGCCUACUUCAUUCCUUUUGCCCGUCAUCAUCGCUUCCUUUCCUUCAUGCUCUAUACAAUCGGAUUCCUCGCCUUUGUGCUGGGUUUGAAGCGCGACAACCUCAAGCACCAAAUUGGUCUGUUUUCGUGGGUGCACAUGAGCUUGCUGCUCACCGUCUACUCGAGUCACUUCAUCGUCAACAACAUCUUGGAAGGCAUGAUCUGGUUCUUCCUGCCUGUCAGCUGCGUCGUAUGCAACGAUGUCUUUGCGUACGUCUGCGGAAUGCUGUUCGGCAAAACGCCCCUCAUCAGCUUGUCGCCCAAAAAGACUGUCGAAGGCUUUGUGGGUGCCCUGAUCGUCACGGAAUUCUUUGCGGUUGGAUGGGCCACUAUUUUCCAGCAGUUCCCUUACAUGAUUUGCCCUGCGACAUCUCUGGGCAUGAAUGCAUUUGGCAACGUGCAGUGCGAUCCGAACCCAGUCUUCCUCUGGUCCGCAAUUGAUCUUCCAAAGGCCGUUUCUCAAAUUAUCCACAUCGAUGCGAUCUCUUACACUCCUUUCCAGCUUCACUCCUUGGUCAUUGCCGCCUUCGCCUCGCUGGUCGCGCCCUUUGGAGGCUUCUACGCAUCGGCGUUCAAGCGAUCCAUCAACGCCAAGGACUUCUCAUCGGUCAUCCCGGGUCACGGAGGUUUGACUGACAGGUUCGAUUGUCAAUUCCUGAUGGGCCUCUUCAGCUACGUCUACUACACCUCCCUCAUCAGAGAGCAUCGCGUGGGAUUGGGAUCCGUCAUGGAGACCGUCGUCACUCGUCUCAGCGCAGAGGAUCAGGUGGAGCUCUACAGAGAACUCGCGCGAUACCUCAAGGGGCAAGGCAAGCUCUGA